GAUAGUUCCUCCACGUGUGUCGCUUUCGUCGAUUUUGUAUUAGACGAAAUUUCGGUCGGAAGGAGAGGGUUAAGUGCGAAAAAAAUAUUAACGAAAUAACCAUGGCGUUGCGUUGUGGAAGAAUGAUUUUUAGCCCUGCACUUAGGCACGCCGUGAAACAGUUGUUUUACGUCGAGCAUCUCAUCAAAUACCAACUUUCAAACAAUUUACGGACAAAUUCUUAUUUACCGAGCAUCACAACGCAACGACUUUACAGUGAAAAGAAAGUAUUCGCCAGAGACAAACCACAUUGUAAUGUCGGUACCAUCGGUCACGUUGAUCAUGGAAAAACGACGCUUACCGCAGCUAUUACCAAAGUUCUUGCUGAAAAGAAUCUGGCAAAGCAGAAAGAAUACAACGAAAUUGAUAAUGCGCCAGAGGAAAAAGCACGAGGCAUUACCAUUAAUGCAGCUCACGUAGAGUAUCAAACAGCUAAUCGGCAUUAUGGACACACAGAUUGUCCUGGACAUGCUGAUUACAUUAAAAAUAUGAUUACGGGUACAGCCCAAAUGGAUGGUGCUAUUCUGGUUGUUGCAGCUACAGAUGGUACUAUGCCUCAAACAAGAGAACAUCUUGUUCUUGCUAAGCAGAUUGGUAUCGAUCAUAUUGUUGUCUUUAUAAACAAGAUUGAUGCCGCAGACGAUGAAAUGAUCGAAUUAGUCGAGAUGGAGAUACGGGAGUUAUUUACAGAGAUGGGUUACGACGGAGAUAAAAUACCUAUUAUUAAAGGCAGUGCGCUCUGUGCGAUGGAAGGUACCAAACCAGAGAUAGGAAAGGAAGCGAUAACGAAGUUACUGGAUGCCGUGGAUUCCUUUAUUCCGACUCCGGUUAGAGAUUUGGAUAAACCGUUCCUACUGCCCAUAGAAGGCGUUUACUCGAUCCCGGGUAGAGGAACUGUAGUCACCGGUAGACUGGAACGCGGAAAAUUAAAGAAGGGCACUGAGUGCGAAGUGAUUGGAUUCAAUAAGAUUAUCAAAACCACCGUAACGGGAAUAGAAAUGUUUCAUCAGAUAUUAGAGGAAGCACAAGCUGGCGAUCAAAUGGGAGCUUUACUCAGAGGUUUGAAACGAGACGACGUCAGAAGGGGCAUGAUAGUAUGCAAGCCCGGUUCAAUAAAAGCUAACGAUCACUUGGAGUGUCAGCUGUAUAUGCUAACCAGCGCGGAAGGAGGUAGAAAGAGACCCAUAAACAACUAUAUGCAAGUACAGAUGUUUUGCAAAACGUGGGAUGUUGCGACCCAAAUUACUUUAAAGGAUAAAACUAUAGCUAUGCCUGGUGAAGAUUUCACAGUUGAAUUGAGGUUGAUAAGGCCGAUGGUGUGCGAAAAGGGACAGCGAUUUACCUUACGAGACGGAACGAAAACUUUAGCUACCGGAGUAAUCACAAAUGUUUUGAAACCGCUUUCGGAGCAGGAUCGUAACGCGAUACUCGAAGGCAAGAAGAAAAUUUUGAAAGCGGCGACGGCAGCACAAAGUUAAACUAAUUGUUUGUGCAUUUAUUGUAUAUUACAUUUAAUAUUUUGUUCCUCGAUAAUGACAUUUAACGAAAGAAGAUCAACUAUAGUCAAUUCCUGCCAUCAAAAUUUACGUAUUAACGUCUACUAGUAGAGUGACGAGAAACGGUUUCAUUAAUUUUAUAUACGUAUAUACAUUUUUCUUGAAUUUAUUUUAGCUUUCUGUUUCCAAUUAAUUUCAACAAGUUAGCUUUUUAAUAUGUUGAUUCUGUUAAAUAAUACAUGAUCAUGAAUGUACGUGUAUCGCCAUAGUUUAGUAGUUAUACACAAUUCAAAAAUAUAACACAUACCAUUAAAUAAACUGUUCUUGUAUAA